UCCAUCAUGAAGCCGAAUCCUAUUCAUCUCCUGUAUCUUAUUGGUGUUGUUCCAGUCACCCUGUCCAUCCCAUUAGCCCCUAUCCUGAUCAAGAGAAACAUGACAUGGGUAGACGCGAGGAAAUACUGCAGGAGUGCACACUUCGACCAGGCUACAUCUAAAACAGCAAUUGAUUGGGUGAUGCUAGGAAACAUAUUAGCAAAACAAAAUGUAACUGGGCCUGUCUGGCUAGGACUGUACAAUGAUCAUGACAGUUGGCGCUGGUCCCUGAAUGAUCUCCCAUUAAAGAAUAUAACUCUAAGUAAGUGGGGCAGUGGAGAACCUAAUAAUUUAGGUGGUCACGAAAGUUGUGCUGCAAUAGACCAAAAGGGACUGUGGUGGGAUUCGACGUGCGAACAUAAAAGAGCCUUCAUAUGCUAUGAUGCUAGUGGUGCAAACAGGUAUGUUGGUGUCACUACUGUCAUGAACUGGGCUGAUGCUCAGGCUUACUGCAGGCAGUAUUACACAGACCUGGCCAACACGUUCAAUUCCACAGAUAACAGCCUGGUACAGCAAGUGGCAACAGUCCAGGGGUUUUCUUGGUUUGGUCUAUUCAGGGACAGCUGGAGGUGGGUAGAUGGGACCAAAGUAGACCCCCUCUUGUGGCAAUCCCCACUGCCUGAUAAUGCUGAUCCUCAGGAAAACUGCGGCACACUUAAUGGCGGAAUACUUGAUGAUAAAAAAUGCACCAACCAGUACUAUUUCAUCUGUGACUUCAUCCCAGUGGUGAAAUACGUCGUGAAACUGCAGGUGAAGGCUGAUGAGAGUAUGUUUGAUCCUGCUGUGCAGUCAGCCAUUUUAGAGCAGAUCAAACAGAAACUGGAUACAAAUGCCAGUGUGUCCUGGAAGGUUCAACCAGAUGGAAACAUCUUCCACAAAAAAAUCCAGCACAACAGCCCUUCAAAGUGCUUGGAACAUCUGCAACUAUAGAGCCCAUAAUGUUACAAUUUAUCAUCAGUCCAGUCCAAAGUGUGGAUAUCAUAUUUGGAUAUCUGAGCUGCCUUGGAUUUCAUGACAUAAACUGUGAUGAGUUCAUAAUUAUUAUGUAUGUAUGUAAUACUUACUUUGACUACAAUAAUGGACCACAGGAUCAGAUAUUGUCUAAAAAUUUACAAUAAAUGGAGUAUGCAUUUUUACAGUUCAUUUCCAAAAAGAAAAAAUAAAUUAGCUGUAUGAGGUGUGCACAUAAAAUGAUGUUUCCACUUUUUCUGUCAUAUUUAUUCCUAAACCUAAAUAUUUUAAACAUUUUACUUAUUCCUCUCUUAUGAUUCUGAUUUCUGUUUAUAAUAUAUAUUCUUUGUAACAGUGCUGUAGUUAAUGACAGAAGUUAAAAACAGGCCAUCUUGUAGAGCACAUAACACAUUUUUAAGGUUAGGUUUAUGGUAAGGUUUAUCUCCAACUAAAAUCAAUAAAUGAAUAAACUGAAAUAAGGAUUAUUGUAAGUGUCUUUUGUGUUUUAUUUGGCUGUAAUAUUCCACACAGGGUUUUUAACUGUGGAACAAAGACAGGGGCAAAAUUAAGAGACAAAGUGGACCUGUUUUAAGGACUGGCGGACAUCAGUAUUACAGCAAACUACAGCUGAAUAUAAAAAAAACUGGCCAUAGUUCAGUGACUCUAGUUUUUCUAAACAUGAAUCCAAACACAAGUCUGUUUUGUAAAUUAUUUAUCUGAAGGCAGCUUAUCUGACCAGGCUAGCUAUAUGGCGAGAGACAUUAAGUCAGAAAGUGGAGAGAUUUCACACUUUCAUAGAUUUUUCAUUUUAUUUAUAAGUGAUUUACAUCACUUAUAAAAAUGAACACUAUUGUAA